UGACCAAUCAGAAUGAUAGGACAUACCUCUCAUGAGUGGCAGUGCAUUCGCUAUGUUGACGUGUUGUAGUCACUUCGGGAAGAUGGUGAGGUUAGCCGGUGUUGAUAUUAAAAUAAACAUGUCCUAUAAAUUAUUCAGAUUAAUUUUGAUUAUUUCCGUUUUUGCCACUUUUGUAUCGCAGAUAAAUGGAAAUUCAAAGAAAAAAGAGGUUCCAACUCUGGGGGAAAGAGUCCUACAGUUAGUAGAUAUGAGCACAAAAAGACCUAUAAUUCGACUGAACGGAGAUAAAUUUCGGCAAUAUGUGAAGGCUUCUCCUAGAAACUAUUCUUUUGUCAUCAUGCUUACUGCAUUAUCCUCCCAACGACAGUGUGCCAUCUGUAGACAAGCCCAUGAUGAAUUUCAAAUUGUGGCCAACUCCUGGCGCUAUUCACAGCUGUUCUCAAAUCAUCUGUUCUUUGGUAUGGUGGAUUUUGAUGAAGGACCAGAUGUGUUUCAAUAUCUUGGGCAGAAUUCUGCACCAGUCUUCAUUCACUUUCCAGAGAAGGGAAAACCAAAAAAAGCAGAUGUAAUGGACAUUCAGAGAAUUGGAUUUGCUGCAGAAACAAUAGCCAGGUGGAUAGGAGAAAGAACAGACACUCAGAUCCGUGUUUUCCGUCCACCAAACUAUUCUGGAACUAUUGCUCUGGUCAUCCUGUUUGCUUUGAUUGGUGCUCUGCUAUACAUGAGGAGGAACAACCUGGACUUCUUAUACAAUAAAACUUCAUGGGGAAUAGCAGCUCUAUGUAUAGUUUUUGCCAUGACAUCAGGACAAAUGUGGAAUCACAUCAGAGGACCUCCAUUUAUGCACCGAACACCAAGAGGCAAUGUGGCAUAUGUGCAUGGGAGCAGUGGUGGACAGUUUAUUGUAGAAACAUACAUUGUUAUUGUCCUCAAUGCUGCUGUUGUGUUUGGUAUGAUCUUACUGAAUGAAGCUGCGGCCAGUAAAGGAGAUCCUAGAAAAAGGAAGAUCAUGGCUGUUGUGGGUUUAGCAUUGGUUGCUUUUUUCUUCAGUCUGAUUUUGUCCAUAUUUCGGUCAAAAGCCCAUGGUUACCCCUACAGUUUCCUGUUCAAGUAAACAACUGUGAGCAGAUGUUCAAACGGUGGUUUGUAGGAUUGCAGAAUUUUUAACUGUUGAACAGUGAUUUUAGAAAAAUGAUGAUUUUUUUCACUGUCUUCAUACUGAAAUAAACAAGUUCAAGUCGUAUCAAUGCUUUGUACUUAAAAGUGUGGUAUCACGUCAACUGUAAAGCCAUGAUAAAAGAAAGAUACCUGUAGCUUAUGAAUUUUUUAUAAAAAAAGAUUUAAGUUGUGUUCAAAAGA